UCCUGGGAGUGUGUUGGGUCAGGUGACCCCGGGGCCCCUCGCUGUGGCCCUCGGUCGGAGGCCCCCGAGCUCAGGCCCUGCUCCGCGGCUCGUCUUAUCUGCGCGGUGGGUUGUGGGUGUGUGAGCGUCGAAGUAAAAUGGCGGACUUGGCAAACGAAGACAAGCCUGCCAUUGCACCUCCUGUGUUUGUUUUCCAAAAAGAUAAAGCUCAGAAGCGAUCUGCAGAAGGCUCAAGUGCAGAGGAUGGAGAAGAUUCAGACAAAGAUGAGGGAAGUUACUGUCCUCCUGUGAAAAGGGAAAGAACCUCCUCCUUCCCGCCCCCACAUUCUGUUCCCAAGAACAAUGUAUUCAUGCCCUCAAGUUUCUGCCAGUCGCCCACCGCGAAUUCAGACUCUGAACCAGAAGAGAAACCUGUGGGAUUCCGCUUAAAGCCACCGACUCUAAUACACGGACAGGCGCCGAGUUCAGGCGUCCCAAGUCAGAAACCCAAGGAACAGCAACGCAGUGUCCUCCGCCCCGCCGUUCUGCAAGCACCACCCUCCAAAUCACAUAUAGAGUCAAAUUCCAGUUGUGGAACCAAUGGGGUGAAGAAGUCAUCAGACGGAGCAUCAGUGACUCAGUCGCUCUUCUUGAAUAACAAAGAUCAUUCAGCUCCAUUGGCCAAGUCACUGAAACAUGAAAACCAGGAAGAUGGAGAGAGCGGUAGCAAAGAUGAAGACGGAAGAGAAAACGAGAAGUCUGUAGCUCUAUCGUUCGUGUUUGGUCAGAAUAUCAAAGACAGAGCAAAGCUGGACAACAGCAGCACAGAAGAAAACUCAAAGGAUGGUUUGCUACCGGACUCCCAAUCGGAGAGCACAAAUUAUUUCUUACAGUACAUCUCUACCCCAAGUUCAAAAAAUGCCUCAAACAGUGGAGAGGGCGGAGCCAAGUUCGUGUUUGGGCAGAAUAUGUCUGAACGGGUUCUGAGUCCUCCUAAAGGCGAGGCAGCGAGCGAGGAAAACAAAGACGUUAGUGCGCCUCCCGCGGCAGAGUCUCCGUCACAGGAAACCGCCACAGAGAAGGUCAACAGCGUAUCCGAGUCUUUGGAGGAGUCUGCAGCCGCUUACACCAAAGCCACAGCCAAGAAGUGCAUCUUAGAGAAGGUCGACGUGAAAACCGGAGAGGAGUCGGAAAGCAAUGUCCUACAGAUGCAAUGCAAGUUGUACGUUUUUGAGAAGAAGGCUCAGUCGUGGAUAGAGCGAGGUCGAGGGCUGCUGAGACUCAACGACAUGGCCUCCACAGAAGAUGGAACCCUGCAGUCGCGUCUAGUGAUGAGGACCCAGGGCAGCCUGCGGUUGAUCCUCAACACCAAGCUGUGGCCACAGAUGCAGGUGGACAAGGCCAGCGAGAAGAGCGUGCGAAUCACUGCCAUGGACACGGAGGACCAGGGCGUCAAGGUCUUCUUGAUAUCGGGUAGCUCUAAAGACAUCGGCCAGCUGGCCGCUGCGUUACACCAUCGGAUCCUGGCUCUGAAGAGCAAGGCGGAGCAGGAAACGGAGGCCCCGCCCACCGCCAUCCCCGAGGCAGAGGUACCGCAGUCCAACGAGGACGACAGCGACGAAGAGGACAAGGCCUCCGCUGCAGCCUCUGCUCCUGCUGCAGGUAACUCAGAAGGAGGGGAGAGCCAGGCUGCAGGCAGCACAUAGCGUCACUCUGGGACUGCCCGCUGACACGCCUCCAUCCAGGCGUUUUCUCCAGGCAUCUCCACGGACAACCCUUGACCAAUGUAGGUCAUCCAGACCAGUACUUUUGGAUAGUCUAGCUCCAGGACCCCCCUGUGCCGGAGUGUCUCACCCAAGCCGUGCAGUCGUCUUCUCUGCAUUCAACGUUAAAUCUGGAGUUGUUUGUUCCCCCUCUCCUGUUUUGUGUUUUAUUUUUGUUUUCGAGUAUUUUUUUCUUAUUCCGAUAGCAAAAAUAAAGACUUCAAAGCUUUGGUUUGGGACUUUUCUGCUCAUCAUAUUGAUGAGUGUAAGGGUGUUUUCCUCUGCGUUUGAAUUACUGGCACAUGUUAAGACUGCAGUUUCUACUUUGGGACCUUUCUACUCACUUCACAGCCUCUGGCCCCCCGCGCCCAGAGGACCCCCCAGUCUGUAGUCCGUCUGUCGGUCGGCCCUCCACCCCCCCACCCCGACCAGCCUGUGCUUCAGGUCUGGCAGAUGUAAUUUAUUUGGUCCGUUUCCACGGUUAGCCGGAGCGCCCCCUACUGCCACGGUGUUCCCGACACGCCCUCCAGAAUAAAAGCCUCGCCGUCUCAUGUGGUCGACUCAUUGGAACCGGUAGCUUCUAACCAGAUUAAUCCACUCAUCCCGUCAUCUCUAACAGACAUUCUGCAUGACGCGUCAUCACCCGGAGGCUUUUGUGUUCAGACAUUUUUAUGUUGACAUUUAUAUAAACUUUUUAUCCAUUUACAUUUGGAGAAGCUGUUGGAAUGAAGACUUUGUGUGGGAGUGAUAACUGUAAUCCCCUCUGAAUGUCAUGUACAUUUGAAUAUAUUAUUUAGUAGUGCACCAUGUUUUCUCAUCUCCAGCUGCCCCUUUACAAAAUAAACCAUUUUUGGACAGAA